AUGAUUUCGAAAAAAGAGAGAAAAGUGGAGGGAAAACGGUGCGCUUAUUGUAGACGACAAUGUCCUCCAGAAGGCGUUUGAGGAUAAUUUGUUCAUCCGACGAAGAAGAAGACGACGAAGAAAUACAGGAAGUACAACCUCCUCCUCAACAACACGAUGAUAUCGAAUGCGAAACCCUCAAUCUUCAAGAUGUAACCCUAAGUUCCAUCAACUCUAACCCUACCAAUCCCUCUACUUCCAUCCAAGUCGAAAUAUCCGACGAGGACUUCAUCGAUGCAGCCGAGGAUCUCCUCCCUUCUCCUCAGUCUCCACCUCCGCCUCCGCCCCCGCCUCCGCCCCCGCCCCCACCCUCAAACCAGACGGGUUAUUCCUCGGAAUAUUCCAGAACUAGCAGUGUUGGUACGAGUGAAGCCUCUGGUUGUCCAAUCAGUAAAAUUCUAGAAGAUUUAGGGUUGAGACUACGGCGUGAAUGGUUGGAUGCUUGUCUUCGUGGUCUCCAGACAAACGUCCCUGGAUUUUCCAGCUUUGAUGCAACAAAAAAGGCUAAGCUCUGCUUUGAGAAGUUUUUGCAUUCUGAUAUGAACAUUUGCGGGGCAGGCUUUCUUCCAGAUAACGUGCAUCAAAUGCACCUUGUUGAUCUUCCUGGACCCUAUGUGUUACAGGUUGAUGAGAUAGUAAAUAUUAGUCAACCUCUUCGAGAGCGAUACAAGAAGGCACAUUCUGGCUUAAAGAGGUGCCUUAAGUUGUCUAUGACUGAUGGUGUUCAACGAAUCUUUGGCAUGGAAUACCAGCCAAUUAAAGAUCUAGAUGCCCUUUCACCUGCUGGAUUGAAGGUUGCUGUUUCUAAUGUAAAUGUAAGGCAUGGGCUACUAAUGCUGGUUCCAGAAGUGUUUCAAGUUUUAGGAGGACUAGUUGAGGAGCUUGAUGCAGCAAGGCAAAGACUUGUUAAUGAAGUCAAUAAGCCUCCAAGAGGCAAAAGAACAAGAACAGGAGUUGAACCCUCUUUAGCAACUAGAGCUACUCGUGCUGCAUGGCCAACUGACAAUGUCGAUUCUUCAGCACCUUCAGCUAACACUGUAUCCCAAAGUGCAACUCCAAUACAUGUAAAUAACCAAGGUGCUACACCUUCUUCUGUUAAUGGAAGAGUGGCAUCAAAUUCUUCAGUUCCUGUUCACAGGGAACACGUUUCAGUAUCCUCUAAUAAUCAAAAUGCAACUCCAAUGCAGGUAGAUGAUCAAGGUCCCACACCUUCUGUUAAUGGAAGAGUGGCAUCAAGUUCUUCAGGUCCUGUUUAUAGGGAAUAUGUUUCAGCAUCCACAAAUAAUCAUGUCUUUCAAAAUGUAACUUUAAAUCCAAUACAGGUAGAUGAUCAAGGUACUACUACUAGACCUUCUGUUAAUGGAAAUAUGUCAUCAAGUUCUUCAGUUCAUAGGGAAUUUGUUUUUAGAGCCUCAAAUAAUCAUACCUCUCAAAAUGCCACAACUCCAAUACAGGUAGACAACCAAGGUACCACUACCACAGCUCCUUUUAAUGGAGGAGUUUCAUCAAACUCUUCAAUUCCUGUUCCCCUUCAUAGGGAACAUGUUGACUUUUCUACUCAUAGUCAUAACAUGGUUACAGAAGAGACCACUUCCACUGUUGACUUUUCAAAUGAGAGAGAAACUCAUUCCUCUGCAUAUGCCUGUGGUAUAAACACUGAAAACCCUUUCACAUACAUGUCCACUUUAUCACUUAAAUGGGAUGAAUCAAAACAUCAAGCCUCUCAUGUCCAGGGUAAAAUCAAGUGUUUUUUGACUGGAGUGAAAGGGUUCCAGUUUAAAGAAAGUAGCACUUACAAACUUCAAGUAUACAUAGAUGAUGGUAGCCUCAUAUCCGAGAUCCUUAUUCACCACAACGUUGUACAAAAAAAGAUAGGUUAUUCCCCUGAAGAGGUGAAUGCCGCUUUGUCAUCUUCAGACUCUUCAAGGGUUCAUGACAUGAAGAACAAAAUGAAACAGUUUCAAGUUUUUUUAGUCAACUUCGAGGGGACAAUGGUUGUAAGGAUAAAUGAAGCAUGUGGUCUUCCGGUUGCUAUAGAAAUGCAACAGGGUUGUUCUUUAUCUCAUGCAUGGUCGCUUCUUACAAGACUAAAAUCAACUAACACUCAUCAAAAUCAUCCAAUUGAUCUUUCCCCAUAAGCAAUAUUUCAAACUUUAUAUGUUUGCAUCCAUCUAAUUCUAAUGUCUCAAGAAUUAAUAUGUUUAUGAUUUUUUCUAGC